UUCUUUUCACUUCCCCAUUUGGACUUCAGAAUUUUGUCUCUUCUCUGGGUACUAUCUGCCAAGCCGGGAGGGAAGCCUGUGCCUGCAGCUGACUCGCUCCAGAGCUGAUGGGAAUCCAGCCGUUCCUACGGAUCCCCAUGGAGAGCAACUGGACUGUCCAUGUGUUCUCACGGACCUUGUGCCAUAUGCUACUGUGGACAGCCAUGCUAAAUCUUGUUGCUGGGACUCAUGAUCUUCCGAAGGCUGUGGUGAAACUUGAGCCCCCGUGGAUCCAGGUGCUCAAGGAAGACAUGGUGACACUGACAUGCAAAGGGACCCACAACCCUGGGAACUCUUCUACCCAGUGGUUCCACAACGGGAGGUCCAUCCGGAGCCAGGUCCAAGCCAGCUACACGUUUAAGGCCACAGCCAAUGACAGUGGAGAAUAUCGGUGUCAAAUGGAGCGGACCCGUCUCAGCGACCCUGUAGAUCUGGGAGUGAUUUCUGACUGGCUGCUGCUCCAGACCCCUCAGCUGGUGUUUCUGAAAGGGGAAACCAUCACGCUAAGGUGCCAUAGNUGGAGGAACAAACCACUGAACAGGAUCUCGUUCUUCCAUAAUGAAAAAUCCGUGAGGUAUAAUCACUACAGUAGUAAUUUCUCUAUCCCAAAAGCCAACCACAGUCACAGUGGGGACUACUACUGCAAAGGAAGUCUAGGAAAGACACCACACCAGUCCAAGCCUGUAACCAUCACUGUCCAAGGGCCCAAGUCCAGCAGGUCUUUACCAGUAUUGACAAUUGUGGCUGCUGUCACUGGGAUUGCUGUUGCAGCCAUUGUUAUUAUCCUAGUAUCCUUGAUCUAUCUCAAGAAAAAGCAGGUUCCAGCUCUCCCAGGAAACCCUGAUCACAGGGAAAUGGGAGAAACCCUUCCCGAGGAAGUAGGUGAGUACAGACAGCCCUCUGGGGGCUCAGUGCCUGUCAGCCCAGGGCCUCCAUCUGGACUGGAGCCAACAAGCAGCAGCUCAUACAAUCCUCCUGAUCUGGAAGAAGCUGCCAAAACUGAGGCUGAGAAUACGAUCACCUACUCACUCCUCAAGCAUCCCGAAGUCCCGGAUGAAGAAACAGAGCAUGAUUACCAGAACCACAUUUAGUCUCCCUUGGGAUUAGGAAAAGCAAGCCAGAAAGGCCAGGAUCUAGUGUCUCCUGGUCCAAGGGAUGCUGUAGAUAUUAAAGAAAACAUCCAGAGUCACUUCUGUGAGUCCUGAAACCAACAGACACUACGAGAUUGGUUCCCAAUGGUUGACUGUACUAAUGACUCCCAUAAUUUACAACUUUCCAACUCAAGACUCUUCUGCUAUAGAUCCACACAGCCACUAAAAUUAAUCAACUUACUGCCGUUAAGAGACUGCAGCAACGUGGGAACUGCUUAUAUUUCACGCUAAGAUAAGGAGAACAAUUAAUGUUAGGAUGCGUCAUCUCGGUGAUGAUAAACCAGACUUGUACCAACCUGUCAAAAGUGAUACUUCUUUGUAAGGAACUUCAAUUUUUUUAUUUUCCUAUAAAGGUCACAUGUUACUUUAAUAGUAAAAUGUUAUAAAAACAAACCAUCUUUCUAUUUACUUUUUCAAGGCUGCAAUGAUUGGAAUAUAGGCUGAGCUCUCUGCGAGAAGACUCUUGUGGAGAUGGGUUAACUUUUCCCUGGGGAGACAUAAGAGUCUUAGGUAGAGCCCUCAUGACAGACCAAAGUCAUAUGAUUACACUCAAGUCUAGUUUGGUGCACCAGUGUGUUUACCUAGCUUAUUUAUGAGUGGGGACAUGAGUUUAGGGUUCCUUUCAGCGGGGUGGAAGAUCUUAUAACAGCAGUCUUAGCACCAAUGACGUCUUUACAGUCACAUAGAUGGUCCCCCACCCCCUCUUUAGUUUGUCUCCCUCAAACUCCCAGUCCUGAAGCCUGUGCCUUUAGACCUCCAGGAUAAUGAGCAUGCACUACUAUCCAGCACCAUACCUGGCCUGGUAGCAGUAGAUAGGAGGUAGAGGAGGGGACAGAUAGGGAUUUGGAGUAGAGGGCCAGUGCCCCUCCCCUUCAAACUGAACAUGCUUCCAGUGAACUUGUCUUCUUGUUUCCACUUCCUUCUCUUUUCUCCUAUGACAAGCAGAAUAAUCACUUUGUUAUAUAACAGGAGUUCUCAGGAAGUCAAACUUUGGAUGAAAGCCAGUGGCAACUGAAGGAUGACCUUGAACUCCUGAUCUUGCUACUUCCACCUCCCAAUUGCUCGGAUCAUAUUAUGUUUGUAUGUUCACAAAAAUCACUCAGGCAGCUAUUUAAGCUUGCUGUAACCACAUGAGUUCAGAGUGUAGACAUAUAAAGGAAAAAAAAGGGAGAAAUUCUCUGUUGUCCUCAUUCCCCUUUAUUCCUCCUCCUUUUCUUCUUCUUCUUCU